AUGAUAUCGGCCCCAGCCCCGAAAGCCCUCCCGCCGCCAGCCCCGCGCCAAGCCCACACUGCGCCUGCGCCGCGCUCGCGGGGCGCCACGGGACGUGGAACCCAUUACUGCCCCCCGCCGCCAUCUGCGGCACGGCCGUGGGCGCGGUGGCAACAAGAUAAAGGAAGAUGGUCAAGCUGGACAGGCCACCCACAGGAGGAGCCGUUGGUAACCAUGGAAAUGGAACACUCUAUACUGGACAGCAACUGCCUUCUUCAGCUCAGGAUGCCUAGAGGAGAGAGUACUGAGAGAGAAGGAAAAGUAGAAGAGGCGAAGAUGCCCACAGCAGACAAUGAACUCAAUUUCCAUUUUCAUUCCCCCUAUGCACAGCAGAAGUUGAAGAACAUUGCCUGUUUGUGGGAAAGACAACCCUCAGGCUGUGUGAGGAUCAGCUGUGCCUUCCAUCACAGCAAACCUCGUUAUAUCAAUGGACUUUUUCUGCCACCUACAAACAAUGCCCCACUGCCACAGGGUGACCGUGAAGUGAUUCUGCCUCCAGCCCAGUGUCAAGGAUCACUCACAAGUCCAGAAAAUAUUUUAAGACCAAUUCACCCUCCAAUGGUCAACAAUGUCAGUGAUGAAGAGAAUGAUGAAGAGGAUAGCGUAGAGGACAACGAAGAGAUCUAUGUUUCUGACUGGGUGCCUAAGACUGCUGAGGAUAUCGAAGAGGAAAGAGCAAUAAAGGACAUAUGCUAUAAAUCUGGUGACAGCAAUACAAUUCCUCCAGAACUGAUCCCCACAAGUAGAGAAGGAAAGACUACGGGAAGGAGAGUACCAAAAGAGAGUAUUUCCAGAACGGGCUGCAGAUCCUUUGGAAAUGGAGAUAGCUACACUGCAGAACCCAGUGCACAACCCGGUUACCAACCAAAGGGUCACUGGAAGGAUGGUGAAAACAAUUCUCUUCCUAAUGUGAGAGAACCUGGAAGAAAGACUUAUUUCCAUUCUUCAGAACCACGAAGAUCAGCAUAUGUAGUCUACCGAACUGUCACAGUCACCCAAGAACCCAAGUUCAGCCGACCUAGAGCAGUUCCUGAGCCAUCUGUUCAGAAAUGCUCCAAAGGAAAGAAUGAGCCUGGCAAAAAUAGGAGAUUUUGGACACAAACAGGAAACUAUGAUGUUUCUGACUGGGUGCCUAAGACUGCUGAGGAUAUCGAAGAGGAAAGAGCAAUAAAGGACAUAUGCUAUAAAUCUGGAGAGUUUUACGGGAUUCAGCAGCCUGACCAACAGCAGUCACCCAGCCCUGUGUCACCGUCUCAGGAAACUGAGCUACAGCCCUUAGAAGCUACCCAGUGGGACUUGCAGAAAGGCAACCAUACUGCAGAACCCAAACUACAACCCAGUAACCAACCAAAGGGUCACUGUAAGGAUGUUGAAAAUAAUUCUUCUCUGUAUUAUGAGAAAGAAACUGGAAGAAAGACUUCCUUUUAUUAUUCAGAACCCCAAACAUCAGCAUAUGUAGUCAAUCAGAUUGUCACAGUCACCAAAGAACCCAAGUUCAGCCGACCCAGAGUUCCUGAGCCAUCUGUUCAGAAAUGCUCCAAAGGAAAGAAUGAGCCUGGCAAAAAUAGGAGAUUUUGGACACAAACAGGAAACUAUGACAAACACACUUCAGGAUCCUAUAAUGCACCAACUUCAAGGAAAAGAAAUCCACAGGCAAAAACAACCAUUCAGCACCAAGAAGACAUGGAAGUGAACCGAAAAGGAAAACGGUAUGAAGACAGGAGGGAGAUGAAGAAAGGGGCUCAUGACACAGAUGUGUCACAGAAAGUUGAGAUCGCAGACAGCCAGCUUGGAGAAAAUGAGGCAUGUUUCUAA